AUGGGUUUGCGAUUCUAGAUAUGGGUUUGUCUCUCAAAUAAAUGCUAAGCUUUGUUAUCAUCUUGUUUAUGCAGGCUUGUCACUCAGGCUUUGGAACCAAAUAAGAGCUCGAACUCACUGCUCCCACUCUAUCCUCUCUAAUUCAAGAUGGAUGAUGAUGAUACUUUGAACCUAAAUGAUGCCUUAGAGAAAAUCAGGGAAAGCGUGAAGUUUGUAAAGUCUUCAGAGUCGAGAGAACAAAUGUUUCAGACCUGUGUUGAAACUGUUGGGAGCAAGAAAGAAGUUGGUCUUGUUUUGGAUGUGGCAACGAGGUGGAAUUCAACAUUUAGGAUGUUAUCUAGAGCUCUUCCGUUGAGAGAAGCAUUGCGUAAUCUUUCUGAAGUAGAUCAGAGUUACAAGUGCUUUCCAUCAGAUUUGGAAUGGUCUAGAGGAGCACUCAUCUGUGAGUUUUUGUCUCCAUUUGCUGAGAUGAUAAAUUUGAUUUCAGGCUCAUCAUAUCCUACUGCGAAUCUGUAUUUUAUACAAGUCUGGAAAAUAGAAUGCUGGCUGAGAGCGCAUGAGACUUCAGAUGAUGAGACAAUUUGUCAAAUGGUGGAAACAAUGAAGCUGAAGUUUGACAAGUACUGGGAAGAAUACAGUGAUAUAUUUUCUAUUGAUGCAGUGUUGGAUCCAAGGUUGAAGUUCGCUGUCUUGGAAUAUUGUUAUGACACCUUAGAUCCAUUAACAAGCAAGCGGAAAGUCGAUCAUAUCCGAAAGAAGAUAAAAAAGUUGUAUGGUGUAUACAAGAAGGAUCCUAAGAGCACUACUGCGAGCCCUUCAGAAACCACAUUGGUGAACAAUAUACCUGCUGGAUAUGGGAAGUUUUAUGCAUUCUUUUCUCAAAAUGCGGGAACAGAAAAAUCAGCUUUAGAUGUGUACUUGCCUGAACCGGUUUUAGAUAUGGCUGCCUUUAAGACUUUAGAUGUCUUGAGAUAUUGGAAAACAAUGCAACACGGGUUAAAGAGCUGUCCCGCAUGGCGUGUGAUGUUCUUUCAAUUCCCAUUACAACCGUGUCUUCUGAGUCGUCAUUCAGUGCUGGAAGCCGUGUUCUUAGCAAGUAUAGGAGCCGACUUCUUCCAUCAAAUGUACAAGCUCUCAUUUGUGGGAGAAAUUUGCUGCGUGGGUUUGAAAUGACGAGUAAGUUUUCUGAUUUUAUACUUAGCUUGUACACUAGUUUGAUGCUUAGCUUAAACAGCUUAAGACUCUAGAUGUCUGGUUAAAUUUGUUGAUAUGUCUUUUAGUGUUUAUAUGUCUCUUUACUUGGCUGCAUUGUUGAUAUGUCUUUUACUUGGCUGCUGUGAUUUUUAUACUGAUUUGUUCACUUGUCCAUAUUGCUGAUUUGCUUGCAUGUUUACUUGCGGAUUAACUUGUUCGUUUGUCCAUAUUGCUGAUUUGCUUGCAUGUUUACUUGCGAAUUGUUAUGAUUUUGCUUACAUGUUAGGUGAUUCUGAAGAAGAAGAAGAAUAAGAAGAGAAGGAAGAUGAAGAAGAAGGUGGAACAUAGAAGAGAAUGAAGUGAGAUUAAGUGAAUGAAUGAAGAAUGGAAGUUUAAUUCUAAAUUUAAGUAUCUUUUGACUUUUGUAAGACAACAAGUUUAAGUUUAAAUUUAAGACUUUAAGUAUCUUUUGUAAAAUAUGAAAUUUAAGUCUAAGUAUCUUUUCUAAAACAUGAAGUUUAAGUAAGUUUAAGAUGUAAUAUAUGACAUUUAGAAUCUGUACAUCUUUUAAAUUGAAAAUUAGACUUUUUACAUUAAUUGGACAUCUGGACCUUAUGGGCAGCCCAACUGGUCAUGGUCCUAUUUGGUUAUGGUCCUAUUUGGAAAUGGUCUUAUUUGGGCUUCGACCAAAAGCGUAAAAAAAAAGCCCAUCUGGACACAUCCAAAUCCGUCUGGACAGCCCAUUUGAUACCCCUAGAAGCGUUACAUGGCAGUUCCGGUAGAGGCAAUCAGAAUUAGAAGAAUCGAGAAGACGAAGAGUGAAGGGAAGACUCGUAAGGUAAGUGUGCUGCUUAGGUAAUGGCUAAGUGGGCUUUAAAAAUUUUAAGUAAAUUAAGUGGCCCAAUUCAGCUGUUUUGCUUGCAAACGAAAGUUUCAACGGUGAGCAGAAUGAUACACGUGGCAUGAUUUGCCUCUCCUUCCUUGAUGACGUGCACGCAGUAGGAGAGAUGCAAGUCAAUUUUAUUAUUAUAAAU